AAUUAAGUUCAGUUGGAGAAAAAUAUUCAUAGUUUUUUUUCUGUUUCCAACUUGAUCUCCUUAUGAUUAAUUUUACAUAAUAUUAUUAAAAAAGUACAGUAAAUAUACUGAUUUUUUAAACUGAUCAAAUUUUUCUUCCGUUUUAUCAACCUCAUAAUGAUAAAAAAACCAUCAUAAAAAGUUCAAUAAAUGCGUUUAAAAUAUUUUACCCAAUAAAAAUCAAGAAAAAAAAAUCUAAUUUUAUAAGUUAUGCGGCAAUAGCAAUAGAUAUCUACUCAAAUGUUGAAAGUUGUACAGAUGGGCAUUCAAGCUUUUAUGGUAUUGGCUUCAAAAGUGUGGGCUUGUAUAUGUUUUUUGAUCAAACGACAGAUUAAGACUGUUCGACAAUACCAGCCAGUUAAAUAUGGAGUAUUUCCACUAUUGCCAUUAUCCAGGCAUAGAUUAAGUAUGGUGAAACGUAAAGUUUUGGUGCUAGAUUUAGAUGAAACAUUGAUUCAUUCACAUCAUGAAGGUGUUUUAAGACAUCCGUCCAAACCAGAAAUGCCUCCAGAUUUUAUCUUAAAAGUUACCAUUGAAAGGCAUCCAGUUCGAUUUUAUGUCCACAAAAGACCACAUGUUGAUUUUUUCUUAGAUAUUGUAUCAAAGUGGUAUGAGUUAGUAGUAUUCACAGCUAGCAUGCAAAUAUAUGGUGCCGCUGUUGCUGAUAAAUUAGAUAACCGUAGAGGCAUACUUAAAAGAAGAUUUUACAGGCAACAUUGCACACCUGAAAUGGGUUCCUACACUAAAGAUCUGACGUCUGUGUCUAGUGAUUUAUCUAGUGUUUUCAUUCUUGAUAAUUCACCAGCAGCUUAUAGAGCUUUUCCAGACAAUGCUAUCCCGAUAAAAUCUUGGUUCUCAGAUACAUCAGAUACAGCUCUGUUGAAUUUGUUACCUAUGUUAGAUGCAUUACGAUUUACAGAUGAUGUCCGUAGUGUUCUUAGUAGAAAUUUACACAACCACAAUAUGUGGCAAUAAUCCAGUCAAAAACAAUACAGUGAUUCCUUUUUUUUAAAAAAUAAUAUUUAUGACCUACUACAUGUUACAGUAAUUUAAUGUAAUGAGAUAAUAAUUCAACACACUUGACUUAAUAUAUUUAUAAAAUUGUGAUUAAAAAAAGAAAGAUACUAUACUUUAAUUUUUGAAAUAGCAAUACUGAUUCGAGUGUUGUGAGACAAAUUUUUCUUUACAUGUAAAUGAACAUGUGAAAUAAAAACAUAAAUAAUAAUGGAAAGAUUUAAGUUAGGUAGGUUUAUAGACUUUCUACAUUUAUAACAUUAAUUAUUAUUAUUGUCUUUUUACUUUUAUAAAUAUGUAAAAGCAUUAUUUUUAUUGUAAGGCUCUAGUCGAUGUUAUCAGUAAUAUUUACUUCGCAAUACACAGAUCUGUUAUUGUAAGGUAUAUAUUUCAAAUAUAUUGAUUUUCAAUAUUAUGGUACGUUAAAAAUGGUUUACCACCAACGUAAUUGUUAAUAAACAAGUCAAAUUUACAAUUGUAUAAAACAUAAUUUAAUUAUUGUAUAAAGUAGUGACUUUAUUUUAUCUAAAUUAAUUAUCGUUGACUAUGUUUUUUUUUUUUUUUUGUUCAUCUUAAUGACAUAUCUUAUAAGGUUUUUUUUUAACUUAUUGUAUUGUUUAUACAAUGUAAUAAAGUUUAUUAUAACUUUUUUUUUUUGUUGAAGGAUUAAUAAUUUUAUACAACUUUUAAUAUUAACUUUGUCAAAUAUUAUUUUGGUAAGUAUUGGGGGGUAAGAAAAAAAUAUGAACAAUUUUUCUAAUUUUAUUGGCUUCCUAGUUUAUUAUUAUAAUAAAUUACUAGGGUAAUAAAAUUGACUAUAUUCUUCCAUGUGUAUGUAUUUUAUUUUAUUUUUUUAAUGUUUACAAAAUAUUGUAUACAAAAUAUAAUAUAAAUAACAUAAAUUAUGAAAAAAAAACUCAAUAAUUAAUUAAACUUUCCACUGAUCAGUCUUAUGUAAGCUUUUAUUAUUUUAAUGUAUAUAUUGUAUAUAGACUAUGCUAGUACAUAUUAGAAUCAUACCAUUAGUGAUUAAAUCAUUCUUAACACGGUUUUGUUUUUAUAGUAUAAAUAUUACAGUUAAAGAAAUUUAACUGGACUUUGUGUUGCUGUAUGUCUCUAACUAUUAUUUUUUAUUUAUUAAAUACCUCAUUUAAAAUGUAAUAAAAUUUGUUUUACAAAACAAUUUUUUAAACCUGCAAUGAGAUAUAAUUAUACAAUUGUCAUUUAGUACUUAAAUAUUGCCAUCAAACUGUGAUGUAAAAAUGUAUCCUUUUGUAAGGUUUAUUAAUUGAUGUUUUGUAUGAAUACUUGGUUUUAAAUAAUCAAUUAUCAAUAAUAACAAAAAUGGACAUUUGUCUUAUUUAAAUUUUUUACCAUCAACAGACAUUUUUUUAUAUAAACUAUUUUAUUUUAAGUACCAUUAUGUGGUCUUUAAAUCUUAAUUCUGUCUAUGUU